AGGUUUCCUGAUUUCCGCCGCGACGCACGCACCACUUGCGCUUCACCGUUUUCAUAACAAAUAGCAAAUACGUACGUAAUACAAGGAGGGCUUUCUGAAUCGCCUCUCCUCUCGGUACCUUGAGGGGCUUCUGCUUUUCUUUUUGCAACGACAGCAAGCGCACACGCACCCACACACCAUACCACAGCGGGGCGGGCCAUCAUGCCUCUCUUCCAUGCUGUCAUGUAUGUCGACGAGAGCGAGGGCGUGGAUCGGAUUGAGCCGAUGCCCGAGCGGGUCUGGGGCCUGCGCGUUGAGUGUGCCAGCUGCAAGGAGGAGUCGGCGAACACCAUGUACGUGAACGCGGAGGAGACGCACGAGCGGGAGGGCGGAACACACCACUUUGUGUGGAAGUGCAAGGCGUGCAAGAGCGAUGUGACGGUUGACGUCAUGCCGGUGCCGGCGGGGUCGGGGUACUACAGCGCCGUGGAGGACAACGCGGCGAACAUUAUCGCGGUGUUUGAGGUGCGCGGCGGGCAGCCGACGGCGAUGGAGGUGGACAAUCAGUGGGUUGUCGUGGCGAACAGCGGGGCGAGGUUCGAGGAGGCGGACCUGUCGGAGGAUUGGUGCGACUACGAUGAAAAGGGGCAGAUGUCGGUCACCGUGAGCGGCGUGACGGUGGAGUUCGACAAGGCAAAGAAAGCGAAGCGCUGA